AUGACCCAAGAACGAAACAAGUUCAAUGCGGAAGUUGAUGACGAGAGCAUCUGGUCACCAUUACAAAUCGCCGCGUCACAGGGAGACCUCGACCUGGUCUCAGAGCUGCUGGAAAGAAAUACCGAUCCUAAUGAGCCCCCUACGGGGUACUAUGGGCAAACGGCCUUGCAAGCCGCUGCCGCUGCCGGUCAUAUUCAUAUUGUUGAUAGGCUUCUAUUAGCAGGUGCCGAAGUUGAUGCACCUGGAGGCAACAAUGGGGGACGAACGGCACUGGCAUUAGCUGCUGGAGCAGGUCAUCUUGAAGUCGUGGACAGGCUAAUUGCAGCGGGAGCGGAUAUCAAUCAUCCAGCACAUCGCUACAUGGGGAGAACAGCUUUGCAGGCUGCAGCGGAGGGAGGGCAUGUCACCAUUGUGAAUACUCCAUUAAUGCGGUAUAAAGGUCUGACCGCACUGCAAGCAGCUGCAUUGGGCGGCCAUAUGGAAGUGGUCGAGAGGCUUUUGGCGGCUGGUGCCGAUGUCAAUGCAGAGGGAUGUUAUUAUAAUGGAUGCACCGCCUUAUAUGCGGCUGCCGAGGGGGGACAUCCUGAGAUUGUGGCAAGACUACUGGAUGCCGGUGCUGAUAUUGACAUGACCUCGGGUAACAAACACUGGACACCAUUUCAGGUCGCCGUAUGGAGAGGACACCACGAGGUUGCCGCGGUCUUAAGGAGACAUCAAUCGGAAAAGGAGCAUUCGAAAGUAAUUCGAGGUCAAAGCUCAUUGGAAACGGCACCGCAAAUGAGAUUGUAUUGA